AUGUUCACCGAGUCUGCAGCCCUCGCCCUCUCAACCUUGGCCACCCUCGCUGUCGGAGUGCCUCAGAAACCAGCAACGAAGGACUACAAAAUCGGCCUCCAAGUCUACGGCUACAACGGCGACCCAAGCGCCUACAAAGAAUGGUACGCCAGCAUCAACAAACUCGCAGUCCGCGAAGGCCGCAGCGAGUCGAAGGCGACGCACAUCCAGUUCGGUGGACCAGUCUACAAUGUCGACGUCAAUGCUGUCAAAUGCCGCGCGUAUGGCGAUGUAGAAGGCUCUAUACCAAUCGGUGGGACGUUUGAUAUCAAUCAUGUUCUUGAUCUUGGAGGUGAUCCUGUCGGGAUGUAUUCUAUACUUUGCUACAUCGUAGGCGAGGACGAGAAGGCCUGA